UAUGUUGCAUUGAUCUUGCAAACGCUUAAUAUAUUUCAGGGGAGCCAUCGUGUGCUAAGCUCACAUUUGACAAUGAUGAACUCGAUUAACUCGAGUUGACUGUUAAAUAAUCAACAAGUGCUUGGAAAGUUAAUGUCUUGGGUAUCCAACAAAAAUGCACCGAAUUAGAUCCAGACUCUGCGUGUUGAAGUCUAUUGAAUGUGAAAGCAAUUAUGUCAUGUCAAAGGAAAAUAGAAUUUUCCCGCAAAUGCGAUUCUGUUGGUCACGUUUUGGAACAUUCACACGGACAGAGGGUCAUAUAAACUGCUGUCCUACCAACACAUUUCCACUUCAAAAAUCUCAUUCGAAAUUUGCGUCCUGUGUUCCAAGUGGAAUAAGAUGUAUACAUGUUACAAAUGCUACAUUUCAUACAAAAGACCGCGAUUCCUGCAACACUCUGUCUCUUAGUCGAAAGCCAAAUGGGAUUAAUGUCGCACACGUGAAUAGACAGUUUUCAACUUCGGUAUUUGUAUUUAGUGAGAGAAAGGAGUUCAAAGAUGAAACGAAUGAAGAUACUAAUAACCAAGAGACUGGAGCAAAGCCAGAUGAGGAAAAGUUGACACAGAGGCAGAAACUAAAGCGGGCCGUGAAGGAAUACGGCCCUGUUGUCAUUAUUUUCCAUAUCUGCAUUGCGUUGACGUCCCUGGGAUUUUUCUACAUGUUGGUGUCCAUGGGAGUUGAUGUCAUCGGCAUUCUCCGUAAGCUAGGUGUUUCAGAAGCCAUUUUGGAUUCAAGUGUCGCAGCUGGUGCCAGUACAUUUGUAAUAGCUUAUGCAGUUCACAAAAUGUUUGCUGUACCUCGUAUAGGGAUAACCUUGACCUGUGCUCCCAUGAUUGUGCGCAAGCUUCGGAAAAUUGGAAUUUUCAAACCACCAAAGCCAGUUGGGAAGAAAUAAAUGUUUUACAUGCCACAAAAAGUAGUGGAAUUUCCUUCAGCCUAUUUAAUGGUGCAUCCUUUAAAACUUGAUAUUCUUUUUAUGGUACCAGUCAUGAAAUGCUGCACAGCUGAUUACAAUUUUUGCAUUUAAUGCUGAUUUUUGUCACAUGGUAUAAACAAUUACUUAUUAUACAGAUAUCAAGAAAAAGGAAAUGAUAUGAUUAACACUCGCCCUAGUAUUUAUAUUUAAUUUAUAUAUCUGAGUUUUUGAUGAUGUACUUGUAGGUCAACAACUGUGUUUGCUUUCAUCAAUAUUGUUUUUAAUGUAGCAUUGUUAUAUUAUUGUGAAAUAAUAUUGAGAAUAUACCACAGCAUAUUUUCAAGUUUUUCACACUAGUCAGGCAAAUAAAUUUUGAACAUGAAUAUUUCAUUGUAUGUUACGAAAUGCAUCAUCCAAACUCUUACAUAACACCAUUACUAUAUCAUGUGUAAUUGUAACCUACACAUGCUUCAUAAGUUGUUUUUUUAUUUGUUAGAAUUUUAUUUUUGUAUAAAGCCCUGAACAUUUGUUAAAGUUGUGCAACUAGGACAAGACAAAAAUCACAGAAAAAUGCAUUCACAAAAAUAUACAAGGUAUAUAUGUACAAAGAAAUGAUGUAUGCUUAUAUUGCAAUUCAGCUUGUGUGCAGACUUCAUUGCAGACAUGUUUUAUUUUAUUAAGGACAGAGAGACUCCAAUUUUUAAAAUGACUUAAUUCAUAAUACACGUAUCUAUAAAUUAUUGUUUGACGUUUCACAUCAUGCAGAGGAAUUCUGUGGUCUAAGGGUAUAUAGAAAGGUUGUAAUUUAUAUGUAUGUACCAUUUUUCAAGUAUAAAUACCUUCUUGAAAAUAAAAAGAACUUAUAUACAUAUACAGUA